AUAGUCUUUAAGGACACAACAAACUGAACUUACAGUAUCUUUUUAACUAAAGACAGAAUGUCUGGAUGUGCUGGUGCAGAAAAUAGUUCAUACACAGAGAUCAGUUUUCAAGUCACACAAGUCACCAAAAUUUCACUUUCAUAGGUUGAGCGUUACGUGUGACCAGGUUUGUUUAUGAAAGAGGAAGAGGUUUAAAGAUAUCGACAUGAAAGCACCAGGUUGAUCAGACAAACAGAAUCUUUAGUCCAGGCUGCUGCAUCUUUGUGCAGCUGGAGGAGAAUCUGACUGUGUGGACUGAAGGGAAAAUCUGGGAGUGAUGGAGGCAACGUGGAUCUCAUGGAGAACAACUCUCAUCAUUACUGUACUACAAAUCCAAGCUGCAAUCAGCUUCAAGACCAUGGCUGUGACUGGUGUGGAAGGUCAGGAGUUUACCUUCACCUGUAAAUAUUCACUCAGCUGGCAGGGCUCUAAGUACCUCUGCCAUGAAGCCAACACUGAAAAUUGCAAACAGCUGAUAUGGACAGACAAACAGGACCAGUGGGUAAGAUACAAACGUUUCUCUCUGUAUGACAACACCACCGGAGCCUUCUUCAUCGUUAAGGUGGACAAGCUUCUGCCAGAGGACAGUGGGACAUACAUGUGUGGGGUGGAUGUCAACUCAGGCCCCGAUCAUAUGAGUGUCAUACAACUGAAUGUUUCUCAAGCAAACCCUCCAGAGAAUCGCACACAUAAUAAAAAUGUGUUAUUCACCUCUCCAAAGGAACUCACAGUCGACAAGCUCAACAUGCCGCUGUUCCUGACUGCAGUGAUGUGUGUGUCAGCGAUCCUGUUUGUGUGCCUGUUUACAAUUUGUCUUCUGGGAGCUGUGAAACACCAGAGGUCGCACUCACGAUCACGGCCACGGCCGAACAGAGAGACUUCAUCUGACUAUGAGACAAUGAUGCCUGGUGUGGGAACUGAACCUGAACCUUGCUGCAGCUCCACAGCUCCAGACUGCACUGCACUGCCGCCGCCUCCGGACCUCUGCUCCCACUUCACAUCAAAGCAGCGGGAGUCUGCUGUCACCCUCGGCAUCGGUGAAUAUGUCGAUGUGGAUGUGCCAGGGCACAUCUGCCAGUACCAACAUCUGGAUCUCAGCCGGUUGGAGGAGCAUGUCUAUCACAGCCUUCAAGGAAACAGUGGUCCUAAAGAUGGACCCCUGGGAGUCAAAGAGCAAAUUAACUGUUGAUAUGAUUGUAUAUAUUUCAGUUUAUUUACAACUUUGGUCUCUUUUUUGAUGUUUUGGCCGUCGUUUCUAUCGGUUAUCAGAAUCAGAACUUGUUGAGAUAGCUUAGCGACUAAAGUAUUAGAGAGUGAAUGGAGGCCAAAACUGCAACAAUGAGAGGCAAGUAUCAAUAAACCAGAGAAUGUGUAGUUAUAGUAAGCUGUAAUAUAUAAUAGUUAUACUAGUUAAAGCCGCAGUUAUAGUGUACAUUUUCUGUUGUUUUUUGUUAUUUCUGAAUGAAAAUGUGUCAUUUUGGAUGACACAACCAAAGAAAAGACUGAAAAGAGUCUCAACUGGAGCUGCCAGCUGAUGAAAUCCACCAAGAAGAGCUGUGUCUCACUUUGCGUUUUGAUGAAACUCACCAAAAUAAACCAAGUGGUAAUAUCUGAA